ACUGGUUUUGGCGGGUUCCUUCACUCUGUGUCGUUGCUGGUUCCUGUUGUUCGCUGACCUCAUUGGACAUGGUGGAAGGCCCAGGUUGUACCCUAAAUGGAGAGAAGAUCAGGAGCCGGGUGAAGCAAGGGCAGCGAGUAGUGGAGCUGAGAGGGAGCCUGAUCACUCAAAUUAAUGGAUCUGUUUCUUGUCAGAAUGGAAUCCUACUCCUCAAAGGAAAGGUUUACACUGAUGUGAAGACAUUGGGCAAGGAACUUUUCAUUUUCUUUGGCCUAACUACGCUAAGGAUACAUUUUGGUAUGCAUGGUUCAGUGUGUAUCAAUUCAUCUGGGAGAAGGCACAAGGAUGGAGCUGCAGCAGUUUUAGAAAUCCAGCUGACCAAUGAUUUGAUUUCCUUCUUUGACUCCACAGUGGAUGUCAGGAAUACAUCUGAGUGCGAACAGAAAUUAAAAUUGUUGGAAGAACUGGAUGUUUGUUCGGCUAGAUUCAGUCAUUCCCGAGCUGAGAAUGAGUUGAAGCAACAUGGUGCUCGCAUGAUCUGCGAUGUGCUGUUGGACCAGACUGUGUUUCCUGGAGUGGGAAAUAUCAUUAAAAAUGAAUCCAUGUUUGAUAGCAGCUUACAUCCUGCUGUGAAGAUUUGGCGCUUAUCAGCUGAACAAAUACACCAUGUUGUAAAAGUGACACAUGACUUCACAAUUCUGUUCUAUAAGUGUCGUAAGAUGGGGUCAGCUUUGUAUAAGCAUUACAAAGUAUACAAGCGUUCCUCCUGUGGACAGUGCAAUGGUAAAAUCACUGUCUGUCGUCUUGGGGAAAAUAAACGAAUGACGUAUUUCUGCCCGUGCUGUCAAAAGGAAGAUCCCGGUCAAAUUAACAUUAGUAAUUUGCCUAAACGGAAUAGCCUGAUGGGAUGGGCACAUGCCUUUAGACAUCAUUCUAAUGACAACGUUGCCAAAAAAGAGGAGGAAGAAUGGACCUGUUCACUUUGUACAUUAAUAAAUACACCAUUGUCCAAGUCAUGCAAUGCCUGCCUAACACCAAGGCCUGUGAAGGAAACCUCACCUAAGAUGUCUGACUUUGACACUGAUCUCAUAAAAUACCCAUGUAAUAGUUUUGGGAAGCCAAAGAUUGAGUGGAAACUGAAUCGAAAGACAGCAUUUGGUACAACAACCUUAGUUCUCACAUCGCUAAGGAGUCCUGGAGAAAGCCCGGAAGCCACUGCCUCAGUUGAUGACGAAAUGAAAAGGAAGACCCCAUUAUCACAUGGAAACGCUUCAUGCCAAGCUUUGUCUUUGAUUAAAAGCAGUUCUGCAAAUGCAAUGAGCUGGAGCCUCAAGAUGAAUGGCCCCUUUAAUAACUAUGCAAACCAAAUGGCCAGCAAUUCAAUAGCUACAACUAGUACAAACCAAAGUUUAUUUCAUCAACCUCCCAAAAGAAUUAAAACUGACCAUAAUUUGUCUUUUGAUUCCCAGACAACUGAUAAAAUUUCCGUUGCCAGGAGUGCUGUUAUUAUGAAUGAUGAUCCUGCAGUUGUAAAUCCUGAAACUCCACGUUGCAAAAAGCACAGUCGUCCCUGCGCAUUGAGACUGGUCAAGAAAGAAGGAGACAACAAAGGGAGGCAGUUCUAUGUGUGCUCCCUUCCUCGAGAAUCACAAUGUGACUACUUUCAAUGGGCUGACUUGCAUUUUCCAUUCUGCAAUCAUGGAAAGCGAUGCAUCAUGAGGACAGUGCUGAAACUUGGCCCCAAUAACGGACGUAACUUUUAUGUGUGCUCACAAGGAAUAGGAAAACAGUGUAAUUUCUUCCAAUGGGCUGAGAAUGGACCAAGCAUCAGGAUCAUGCCAGCCAGCUGAAACUCCACCAGUAUUGCUGAGGCAAGCAUUUUUGGAAUAGCGCUAGAAAAUGAAGACAUCUUUGAAUUACAAUUUUAAGUGUUUAUAAAAAACUAUAACUGUUUCUGAAAUCUUUAUUUUGAAUCAAGAUUAUAUUUAUUCCUCCCAUCAUUCCUAACUUUUCCCUUAGCGCUGACCAUG